AUGAGUCAGUUCAGGGCACUAGCGGGUGUCCUGAGGGGUGGAGGGCGACAGUGGCUGCGGGGGCCGGGUGGGGGUGUGAUCCAUUUGUUUGGUCCUAAGAGAUGCUGCUCAUCGAAGGCUGCAGUUCCCUCGGCGGUGGCCAGCAGCUCCAGUUAUGUUGAGGAAAUGUACUUUGCCUGGCUGGAGGAUCAUAAAAAAGUCCAUGAGUCUUGGGACACGUUCUUCCGUAACGCCCAGGCUGAUGCUCCACCUGGAGAGGCGGACAAGAGACGCCCCUCCACGCUGCUCCAGGGCCGAGCCAUGUCCCAGACACCAGGCAUGACGCAGAAAGUAGUGGAGGACCACCUGGCUGUGCAUACACUCAUAAGAGCCUACCAGAUCCGUGGUCACCAUGUAGCCCAGUUAGACCCACUGGGAAUUCUGGAAGCUGACCUAGACGCCUUUGUCCCCUCUGACCUGAUAACUACUCUUGACAAACUGGGGUUUUAUGGUCUUGAUGAGUCUGACUUGGAUAAGACCUUCCAGCUGCCGUCCACCACCUUCAUUGGAGGAGAUCAGACAACCCUUCCCUUGAGAGAGAUCAUACGCAGACUAGAGGCAUCCUACUGUGGCCACAUUGGGGUGGAAUUCAUGUUUAUUAACAAUGUGGAGCAGUGUCAGUGGAUCCGCCACAAAUUUGAGACGCCUGGAAUCAUGCAGUUUAGUAAUACUGAGAAGAGGACCCUGCUAGCUCGGCUCAUCAGAUCCACACGGUUUGAGGACUUCCUUGCCAGGAAGUGGUCAUCUGAGAAACGCUUUGGUCUGGAGGGAUGUGAAGUGCUCAUCCCAGCUCUUAAAACGAUCAUUGACAAGUCGAGCGCCGCGGGUAUCGAAAAUGUCAUCAUGGGGAUGCCUCACCGGGGUCGAUUGAAUGUCUUGGCCAAUGUGAUUCGCAAGGAGCUGGAUCAGAUCUUCUGCCAGUUUGAUCCCAAAUUAGAAGCUGCUGAUGAGGGUUCAGGCGAUGUCAAGUACCACCUGGGGAUGUACCAUGAGAGGAUCAACCGUGAGACUGACAAGAACAUCACGCUGUCCCUCAUGGCUAACCCCUCCCAUCUGGAGGCCGUGGACCCAGUGGUGCAGGGAAAGGCCAAAGCCGAGCAGUUUUACAGUGGAGACACUCAGGGGAAAAAGGUCAUGUCCAUCCUGAUCCAUGGGGAUGCUGCUUUUGCCGGACAAGGGGUUGUAUAUGAGACCUUCCACCUGAGUGAACUCCCCUCCUACACCACACAUGGUACAAUCCAUGUUGUGGUCAACAAUCAGAUCGGCUUCACCACAGACCCUCGCGUGGCUCGCUCCUCUCCAUACCCCACUGAUGUGGCUCGGGUCGUCAACGCUCCCAUCUUCCAUGUUAACGGUGACGACCCCGAAGCUGUCAUGUACGUGUGCCAGGUGGCUGCGAAAUGGAGGAACACCUUCAACAAGGAUGUUGUCAUCGACCUGGUGUGCUACAGACGGUUUGGCCACAAUGAGAUGGAUGAACCAAUGUUCACCCAACCGUUGAUGUACAAGCAGAUCCGUCGGCAAGAGCACGUGCUGAAAAAAUACUCUGACAAGCUCAUCGCUGAGGGAGUGGUUACAUUGCAGGAAUUCGAGGAAGAAGUUGCCAAAUAUGACAAGAUAUGCGAGGAGGCAUACACCAGUUCCAAAGAUGAAAAGAUCUUACACAACCGUCAUUGGCUAGACUCCCCAUGGCCGGACUUCUUUACAGCUGAAGGAGAGCCCAAGAGUAUGAGCUGUCCCCCGACAGGACUCGAUGAAGACAUGCUCCAGCACAUCGGCCAGACAGCCAGCUCUGUGCCCAUGGAGGACUUUAAGAUCCACCCUGGUGUGUCUCGUAUCCUGCGGGGCCGAGCUGACCUGGUGAAGAAGCGUCAGCUGGACUGGGCUCUGGGAGAGUACAUGGCCUUCGGCUCGCUUCUCAAAGAUGGCAUCCAUGUGCGACUCAGUGGGCAAGAUGUAGAGAGGGGCACCUUUAGUCACCGCCAUCAUGUCCUGCAUGAUCAGGAGGUGGACAAACAAACUUGCGUUCCCAUGAACCAUCUGUGGCCCAACCAGGCGCCCUACACGGUCUGUAACAGCUCCCUGUCAGAGUAUGGAGUCCUAGGUUUUGAGCUGGGGUUCGCCAUGGCCAGUCCCAACGCCCUUGUCCUGUGGGAAGCCCAGUUUGGGGACUUCCACAACACUGCCCAGUGUAUCAUCGACCAGUUCAUCAGCCCUGGCCAGGCUAAAUGGGUCCGCAACAACGGCGUGGUGCUGCUGCUGCCCCAUGGCAUGGAGGGGAUGGGUCCAGAACAUUCUUCAGCUCGACCUGAGCGCUUUCUGCAGAUGAGCAAAGAUGACCCCGAUCGCUUCCCUGGGUUCAGUGGUGACUUUGAGGUCCAGCAGCUUUAUGACUGUAACUGGAUUGUAGUUAACUGUUCCACGCCUGCCAACUACUGCCAUGUGUUGAGACGGCAGAUUUUGCUGCCAUUCAGAAAACCGCUGAUUAUUUUCACUCCUAAAUCUCUGCUGAGGCACCCAGAUGCCCGGUCAAGUUUUGAUGACCUUGCCACAGACACUAAAUUCAAGAGGCUGAUUCCUGAUGAGGGCCUGGUGAGUCAAGGCCCCGGCCGAGUGAAACGGGUCAUCUUCUGCUCUGGUAAAGUCUACUAUGAGCUGGCGAAAGAAAGAAAACAGCAAGACCUGGAAAGGGACAUCGCCAUCAUCAGACUUGAGCAGAUCUCUCCAUUCCCCUUUGACCUGGUCCGGGAAGAACUGGAGAAGUACCCGAGUGCCGAGCUGGUCUGGUGCCAGGAGGAGCACAAGAACAUGGGUUACUAUGACUAUGUGCGGCCACGUUUUCUCACUGUUGUGGCCAAUAAGAAACCCAUCUGGUAUGUGGGUCGUGACCCUGCAGCAGCUCCUGCCACAGGGAACAAGUCUACCCACCUCAAUGAGCUCAAGAGGUUCCUGGACACUGCUUUUAAGCUGAAUGCCUUCCAGGGGAGGAAGUUCUAACAUCAGUAAGACACAAGGUGCAGGAGUGGCUGCACACCUGACCACUGAGCCACUGACUCAGUUUGGAC